AUGACAUCAUGGCCAUUCGAAGGAUGGGGUCUUGACAUUGUUGGUCCAAUCACAUCAAAAUCAUCUGGUGGUCACGCUUACAUUCUAGUUGCCACUGAUUACUUUUCUAAGUGGGCUGAAUCUAUUCCCCUUCGUGAGGUGAAAAAAGAAAAUGUUGUUGACUUCAUUCGCACCCAUAUCAUUUACAGGUAUGGAGUACCUCAACGAAUCGUCACUGACAACGGAAAAACAUUCGUCAACAACUUGAUGAAUAACCUUUUCCAAAAGUUCAAGUUCACGCAACAUAAGCCAUCCAUGUACAAUGCUCCUGCAAACGGUCUAGCUGAAGCAUUUAACAAAACACUUUGUAAUUUGCUAAGCAAGGUCGUUGCAAAGUCUAAGCGUGAUUGGCAUGAAAAGAUAGGGGAAGCACUUUGGGCAUAUAGGACGAUAUACAAGAAUGCAACACAAUCUACUCCGUACGCGUUGGUGUAUGGUGUUGAGGCUAUCCUACCCUUAGAACUUCAAAUUCCAUCACUGCGAAUUGUCAUUCAAGAAGGUUUGACUAGUGAUGAAAAUGACAAGCUUUGA